GCGCCGAGGGUGACUGGACUUGCUGUGGGCUUCCAAGGCCCCGCGGCGCUGCGGGUUGUAUUGGCAGGAUACCGGAGGGCGGAAGUGCAGCGGGGCUCGGCUCCGACCUCCGCGCCGCUGCCUUCUGCGGCUGCGCGGGCUCUCGGGACUCCGGGCUCGCGCGGCUCUGCGGGACAGUGGGUCAAGCACCCUGCGCCGCCGCCCUGCCAGAGCCCGGGAUCCGAGCGUCUUCACGGGUGCGGGAAGCCGGAGAAGGAGCUGGCGUUUCUGUUUGGCUUUGGGUGAGAAAAGAAUUUAGCCUAUAUGCACUGCUUUAACCAUUGGAAGAAUGACAGAUGACAAAGAUGUGCUUCGAGAUGUGUGGUUUGGACGAAUUCCAACUUGUUUCACCCUGUAUCAGGAUGAGAUAACUGAACGGGAGGCAGAACCAUAUUAUUUGCUUUUGCCAAGAGUAAGUUAUUUGACGUUGGUAACUGACAAAGUGAAAAAGCACUUUCAGAAGGUUAUGAGACAAGAAGACAUUAGUGAGAUAUGGUUUGAAUAUGAAGGCACACCACUGAAAUGGUUUUGGGGUGUUAACUUUUUAUGCAUGAUGUCACUUUCAUAG